UCAGACACCUUUGAAGUUUACCUUUUUAUAUAACCAUAAAUCAAAUACGUGUUCAUUUUGCUUAACAUUAUGGCGAGAAUGGUUUAAGUGAAUUUAAGGUCUUAUAAAGAAAAAAAUAAGUUACUCAUACAGAACAGUGUUUCAUGAUAAAUAAAAAAAAGAAAUUGAAAAAUGGGCAGCGGAAUUACGAAGCCACGGAGAAAACCGGAACUCCUCCAGUGUUCUAUUUGUUUUAACGUUUACAAGGUUCCGCGAAUGUUACCAUGUCAACAUACGUUCUGCGAGACAUGUCUGCACACCUACAUCACCAAAUCAGACAAUCUCACAGAGGCGAGCAAGGAGUUCCCGUGUCCUCUCUGCCGGGAAAGCAUCCCAAUACCGCAAGCGGAUAAACCGAAGGAGAGAUGGGCAAAGCUCUUCCCGAAGAACCGACUGAUGAUGUCGCUGUUUGAAGGAGAAUAUCAACACUCAGACCGGUGCAGGUUACAUCCGACAAAGAUGGUCGAAUUCUUUUGCGAAAACCACGUGGAAAUCGGUUGCGCAACGUGUCUUAUAACACGUCACAAAGGAUGCGAAGUCACUCAGUUAGAUACAUACAUCAAGAGCGGGAAGUUCAAAAGAACGUGUAACAAAGAUAAUGACAUGCUACAGCAAUAUUUGAAACUGUAUGAGGAUAUGAUUGUGGAAGCUAAUAAAAACCUGGACAGUAUAGACAACGAGAAACAGACAUUAAUUGAAGAUGUGAAAAAGGUUCGAACAACUAUUGAAGAAAUGUUGAAAUCAAUGGAACAAACAUUAAUUCAAACGAUCGAGGAGAGGUGCAAAGCCGAAUCAGACAGUAUUUCGGAGCUGACAGCAAGGUGUAAAAAGGUCAUCACAGAUAUUGGAACUUCCGUGGAACAAAUUAAAGCUGCCCAAUUGGAUAUCAGACAGGUACAAAAGGCAGAAAUAGUAGUAACUGUUGAGGAGAAGUUGAACACAUAUGGAAACACAUUACGAGAAGAGUUAGACAACUUUAAAUGUGUCAACUUUCUUGUUACGUACAACUCUCUCAUAGACGAGGUGCAAAACAAACUCAAAGGAAUUGGUGAACUCAAUAUGCAAAAGUCAGACAUUAAUUUCCCUUUACCGCCAUUCGUACCUGGCGCAAACUCCAAAAAGCCGGAAAUAAAAAGACGCAAGAAUAAACACGUGGUUCGUAUCAGUGAGCAUAGUGUGAACGGCGAGAAUGAAUCCUUUUUCUGCAAUAUCACCAGCACUGUUGUCCUUCCCGACGGAAGAAUUAUCCUUUCUGAUGACAGCAAUAGCAAACUUAAAAUGAUGACGUCAAAGUUUGAGUUUGACUUUGAGCUAGCGUUAGAUUCGAACCCAUUAAACCUAGCCGUAGUUUCGGAUUCCCAGAUCGCGGUUUCUGUACCUGGAAAACGUGAAAUACUUUUCGUUGAUGUUGGAGACAAAGAAUUUAGCAUUGCCAGAAGACUGCACACGCGUCUAGACUGCUGGGGGGUAGAGGUUUUAGAUAAUGUUGUCGUCAUAACGACUGGAAGAGAUGGGCACUCUGUGAUAGUUUAUGACAUAAAAGGAGAAGAAUUAAAUUCCUAUCUUCUGACAGCACAUGCAGAUGAAAACAUUCGAUGCCCUGUUUCGGUAAUAGCGGAUAAAAAGAAGCGGAACCUGUAUAUCACGUGUACUGGCGGCGCGUGGAGCAAAGGUUGUGUCGUCUGCAUGGAUUUGCAAGGGACGUUACUCAAUGUUUACCAUGACCCUGACAUUGACACACCAAGAAGUUGUGCUUUGGACAGGCAUGGAAAACUGUACAUUUGUGGCCUCGAAUCUUCAACGGUGUAUCAGAUUAGCCCCUCCGGAGAUAUGUACAAGAUAUUUCCCUCCAGAUCAGAGCAGGUUAUCGGUCCUUUGCAUAUGAGCUUUUUGCAAAACUACCACAUACGAUUUCUUCUCACGGAGGUGGCAAGUGACACUCUGAAAAUGUACGAACUACCUACAGCAAAGUAGCGGUAGAAUUGUAUUAAGAACAGUUUUCUUUGAACCCAUACCUAGCGUAUAUAGACAGUCAAAUAUGUAUAAGAAUAUUAAUUAAGUAUGCAAACAUCUUAAGAAAAUAGCAGUUAUUCUUCUUUUCACCCAUAAUAAUAUUUAUUUGCACUUCUGUAAAACUGAUUGAUACUGCGUUAAUUCACGCCUUUGCCUAAGUUGCUAUUGCUGAAAGCAUGUUUAUAUGUUGUAUGCAUUAAAAUGAGUUGAGUUGAAUUGAGUUGUAAAUACAGUAAGUUAUUAUAUUAGGGCAUAUUUGUUUUUGUUGAUUGACUAUCGAUAUAAAAGGGUAAAUGUCUGUACAUUAUAUGCACAUUUUCGUCAA